AUGUCCCCUCAGAUUUACCAAGGGGGCCCACCGCGCCUCCUCCCCCGCCCCCGUACACCCCCCCGAGAAGGUCUUCCACCCGUCAUACCAACCCACCCAAACUCCCUCGUCCGCCUCCCCACACUCACCCACCUCUCCCAAACCCACCACGACGCCUACCCCCCCAAACCCCCCGCACCACCGCCCGACCCAUCCUCCCGCCACCUCUACCCCCAACCCUUUCCUGACCCUGCGCCGUUCACCACGAAAGAGGUUGUGAUCAACCCGCCGGCGAAGGAGGAUAAACAGGUGAGAGCGUUUUGGAACGGGAUGAGGGAGAGGGGGUAUGGGGUCGGGGUUGGGGUGGGGGGGAUGUAUGCUGGGAGGUGGCAUCCUUGUAUUGGGGUGGUUGGUCCGGGAGGGGUUGGGGCGGUUGGGUAUGGGCAAGUUUACUCGUACCAACCUCCUAUGAUGUACGGCGGCUAUUACGGCGGAGGUGGAGGAGGGUACGGACGACCUGGGCCGGGGUUUGACGGUGGAUUCGGAUUCGGGUAA